AAGAAUGUCUGUGGGGGAGGCCAGAAGAAAGUGAGCAGAUGGUCAAACUGGCCAGCUUGGAUUUGGGAGGCUUGCUAUGGCUCCAGGUGUGUGCAACUCCAGAAUGUGGCAGCUCAUCAGCUUCUUACUGUUCGUGGCCACCUUGGAAAUUUCUGGCACACCAGCUUCUCCUGACGGGGUGUUCUUCAGCGGCCAGCGUGCCCACCAGGUGCUGCGGCUCCAGAAGCGGGCUAACACCUUUUUAGAGGAACUCCUGGCAGGCAACCUGGAGCGGGAGUGCGUGGAGGAGAUCUGCAACCUGGAAGAAGCCCACGAGAUCUUCAAAAAUCUGGAUGACACGCUGGCCUUCUGGUCCAAGUACACAGAUGGGGACCAGUGUGCAGAGCUGCCGAAAAGACAUCCUUGCAAAAGCCCGUGCUGCGGGCACGGCCAGUGCAUCGACGGCUUAAACAGCUUCCGCUGCGACUGCGUCUCAGGCUGGGAGGGCCGCUUCUGCGCAUACGAGGUGCUCUUCUCCAACUGCUCGGUGGCCAACGGCGGCUGCGCGCACUACUGCUCUGAGAAGGACGGGGCGCGCCACUGCAGCUGCGCUCCUGGGUACCAGCCGCAGGACGACCCCCAGCAGUGCGGGCCCGCAGCUAAGUUUCCCUGUGGACGGACCGCGAAGAAGAAGCGCAUCAAUUUGAAGCGUGACCUAGACCAAAUGGACCCACGUCUUAUCAAUGGGGAGCUAACCGGAUGGGGAGAGAGCCCCUGGCAGGGGAUCCUGCUGGACUCCAAAAAGAAGCUAGCCUGUGGGGCUGUGCUCAUCCACCGCUCCUGGGUACUGACGGCCGCCCACUGCCUGGAAGAUGCCAAGAAACUCAUCGUCAGGCUUGGUGAGUAUGACCUGCGGCGCCGGGACAACUGGGAAGUGGACUUGAACAUCCAGCAAAUUUUCAUCCACCCCAACUAUACCAAGAGCACUAGUGACAAUGACAUCGCGUUGCUGCACCUGGAAGAGCCGGUCAUCUUCUCACAGGCCAUUGUGCCUAUCUGCCUCCCUGACAGUGGCCUCUCUGAGCGUGAACUCACCCAGGUUGGCCAGGAGAUGGUGGUGACUGGCUGGGGCUUUCGCAGCGAAACUAAGAGGAACCGCACCUCUAUCCUCAACUUCAUUAAGAUCCCCAUGGCCCCACGCAAUGAAUGCAUCCAGGCCAUGCACAAUGUAGUCACAGAGAACAUGCUGUGUGCAGGUAUCCUUGGAGAUCCCCGAGAUGCCUGCGAGGGUGACAGUGGUGGGCCUAUGGUCACUUCCUUCCAUGGCACUUGGUUCCUGGUGGGGCUUGUGAGCUGGGGUGAGGGCUGUGGGCGCCUGCACAACUAUGGCAUCUAUACCAAAGUCAGCCAGUACCUUGACUGGAUCUAUAGCCACAUUGAGUCCAAGAAAGUCUCCCUGGAGAACCAGGCUCCGUAGUGUCAUCUAGCCUGUCAAUGGCCUUCAGUGAACAUUAAACAGUGCGUGCAGUAACCACA